AUGCAGGGUGGGGGGGUUAAACAAGACGAGACUGAGACCGAGUCGCGCUAUUUCCAAUCUCUGCUCGACGAGCCGAGAAGAUCUACAAGGCCCUCGAAACCUGUCAAACUGAGAUCGCCAACGCCGCCAAAGCCAGUACGCUGGACUGAGGUAAAUCAGAUUGAGAGAUGGUCGCAUUCCGUCGUGUAUCCGCCAGAAGGAGCAACGCGUCGCGUCACUGUUGACUUUCAAGAUCUCGAGCGCCUGGACGAGGGAGAGCUGCUCAACGACAACAUCAUCAGCUUCGCCCUACGACAAGCCGAGGAGAACAUGGCACCAGAGCACAAGGACAAAGUGCACUUCUUCAACAGCUUCUUCUAUGAGGCGCUCACGAAGAAGAACGGCAAGAAAGGGUUUUUCUACGAGGCAGUGCAACGCUGGACGAAGAACAAGGACCUGUUCAAUAUUCCUUACAUCGUCGUGCCGAUCAACAUCGACCUGCAUUGGUUCGUGGCCAUCAUCUGCAACCUCAACACCCUGGCCCGCACGCCUGCAAUCACCAUCGAUGAUGAAGAAGACAACACGGAGAUGCUGGACAAUCCCACCCCAGCUCCACCACCACCUCGCAAGUUCGACAUCAACGCCCCGACCAUCAUCAGCCUGGACUCUUUGGGUCUCGCUCACUCGGGGGAAACGCGCAAUCUCAAGGACUACAUCAACGCCGAAGCCGAGUCCAAGCGCGGGAUGGCAGUAGCGAGCAAGGAUCUGCAAGGCAUGACUGCAAAGGGCAUCCCCGAGCAGACCAACUUCUGCGACUGCGGCGUGUACCUGGUCGGAUACAUCCAGGAGUUUGUCAAAGACCCCAAGAAAUUCGUCAACAAGGUUUUGCAGCGG